CUCUCUCAAACCGCCCUCUGCCUUUCUCUUAAAUUGAAAUUGGUCUGGGUCGAACAUGAUCACAGAACACCGCUUCUCUAUUGCUGCACAUUGUCGGGCAUUCCGCAAAACCCGAUCACUUGAAACAGAAUAAGCAGACACAAAGGAAAGGACCUAGUCCCACAAUAUAUUUGUAAAGGUUUUUAAUAUAGAAAAAAACCGUCCGUUUGUGCGUGUUAAGCGUUGUAAAGUAGGUUUUUAUCUAUAACAGUCCAACUACAGUAUAAAGUAGCCAUGCAUCUGCACAUUUUAAUGCGCGCAAGCAUUGGAUUAGUCGGUUUCUGUCUGGUCGCCUUUGUCCAACAGCCAGCUCGCGCUUCAGGAGGCAAAUCCACUCAAGAUGUGGACGAGUGUGCAGAGCAAAUUGACAACUGCAGCACCGAUGCCAUCUGCCAGAAUACGCUCAAGUCAUACAAAUGCAUCUGCAAGUCAGGCUACAAGGGGGAUGGCAAGCACUGUGAAGAUUUAGACGAGUGUGCGAGUGAGUACAACGGUGGCUGUGUCCAUGACUGCAUCAACAUCCCGGGGAACUACAGGUGCACAUGCUAUGACGGCUUCCGCCUGGCACACGACGGACACAACUGCCUUGAUGUGGAUGAGUGUUCGGAGGGGAAUGGUGGAUGUCAACAGAUCUGUGUCAACAUGAUGGGCAGCUACGAGUGCCGCUGCAGAGAAGGAUUCUUCCUGAGCGACAACCAGCAUACCUGCAUCCAAAGGCCUAAAGCGCGACCAGAGGGCACCAAGGAGGGCCCCACCUGCAUGGAUAAGAACCAUGGCUGUGCUCACAUCUGCCGGGAGACACCAAAGGGAGGCGUCGCCUGUGAAUGCAGACCUGGCUUCCAGCUCACCAGGAACAUGAGGGACUGCAAGUUGACCUGUAACUACGGCAACGGGGGUUGCCAGCACAUCUGUGAGGAGACGGACCACGGCCCCAGAUGUGCGUGUCACAUGAAGUUUGCUCUGCAAACCGACGGAAAGACAUGUGUAGGGGAGAGGAGUGUCCAGAACCAGGCAGCCCCACAGCUGUUCCCCAAUGAGACGUGUUCAGUGAACAACGGUGGCUGUGACAGCACAUGUCACGAUGCGGUGACCGGAGUCCGCUGCAGCUGUCCUGUAGGCUUCACUCUCCAGCCAGACCGCAAGACCUGCAAAG